AUGGCAAAAUCUCUUCCACCGGGAGUUUACGCUCCUCUACCAAUAGAUGUCGCUAAACCGGGAGUUAUUCCCGUUGUCUCCGCUACAAUGGGAGAGGCCACACAUUUAGAUCGCCAGGAGCGAAUACAACUGAUACGGGCUGUGCGGUCCGCGCUUGAUGAAAAUGGCCUGCAUCAGACGCCAAUUGUAGCCGGGGUAGGUGCGACAAGCACUCGAGAGACUAUUAGUCUUGCGAAGGAUGCGGAGGCUGCUGGUGCCGAAUUUGUACUCGUUAUAGCGCCAAGCUACUAUGCGAGUGCAUUGAAGGCAAGCCCGACUGCGAUCAAGUCAUUUUUCAUCGAUGUGGCCUCUAAAUCGCCAGUGCCGAUGAUUAUCUACAACUUUCCGUUAGUUGCAGGCGGUAUCGAUCUAACCAGUGACGAUAUUGUGGAUAUUGCAAGGGCUGCACCAAAUAUACGCGGCAUUAUGCUAUCCUGUGGUAAUAUUGGAAAAGUCUCAAGGAUUACCAGCCUUCUCGAUGGAUCUUUCAAGACAAUCGCGGGGUUUAUCGACUUCUUACUUCCGUCUAUUUCGGUUGGGUCUGCCGGUGCUAUUAGCCCCUUACCGAACCUUGCACCAGAAUUUGCUAUGGAGUUGUGGCGCAGUACACAAAGCCUGGAUAGUGCUGCAGAUUGGGCGAAAGCCAGGCGACUCCAGGAGGUAGCCUCCUUGGCCGAAGCGGAACUAUUAAGUGGCGGUGUGGCUGGUUUAAAGUAUUUGCUUAACCAGCAGUUCGGGUAUCCUGCUACACCCAGACUCCCACUGCAGCCUUUGAGCGUGGAUGCAGCGGCCCGUUUGUCUAAUGGAAAAUACUUGAAGGACUUAAUGGAAGUAAGAUAG